UCUAAUAAAUAAUCUAUAAAAUAUACAUAGCUUAAAAAGUGACAGGACAAGCAAGAACUUGUGUCAGUAAAUUCCAUUAUACAGUUUCAAUGAAUUCAUUUAAAUAAAUGACUAUAAUGUCGAGGGACUUCCCGAUGAUUCAACGGCCAAAGUUCAUUUGAGUGUGUGAAAUUAUAAAUUCAAUAAAAAGGUGCAUUCCUUCUAAGGCCACAAUAAUUUACAAAGGGGUCUAAGGAAGAGAAAACAAAACAAAAAAGACACUAAAAAUGGCAUACGCAUCGAUGGCAGGAAGAAUAAGGAUGCUAAAUACACGGCAUCCUAUAAUUAAAGGAAUGGUCUCGUAUGCUAUACUUUGGCCCUGUGGGAGUGCUAUUCAACAAGUAAUCGAAGGAAAAACACUUGAAACCUUUGACUGGAAAAGAUGUUUUCGAUUUAGUAUAUAUGGAGCUUUUGUUGUAGCACCAAUGCUUCAUGGAUGGGUUCGUUUGUCAAGUACAAUGUGGCCAGCUACAAGUCUUAAAAUUGGUCUAAUUAAAGCGGCUGUUGAGCAGGUCUCUUACGGUCCUUUUGCAAUGUCAUGCUUUUAUGUCGGCAUGAAUCUGUUAGAAUUCAAAAGUCUAAAUGAUGGCAUCGAAGAACUUCGUUUAAAGUUUUGGCCAACUUUUAAGGUUGGUGUUUGCGUGUGGCCCAUUGUACAAACAAUAAACUUUUCCAUGGUUCCAGAAAGGAAUCGAGUAGUUUUUGUAAGCAUUAUUAGUGUCAUGUGGACAACAUAUCUAGCUUAUAUGAAAUCUCUGGAAGAUGACACGAAAGUAUUAAAAUUAAAACCUCUGCCGCCGCCACCAUCGACGAAAACUUAAGAAAGACACUUGAAUUGAAUACCACCGGAUUCCUAAAUUAAUAACUAUGAAUGUCAAAGUGUAUAAAAGUAUAGUUUUGUCCAGAUUUAAUAUAAUGUAUGUACAUAUAUAACCUGAAUAUUAAAAUUUACAAAUGUUAUCAUGAUUAUUUUAACCUGUGACAAUAAAAAAUAAAGUACAACGCAGUUCAUAGGUUUCAGUUAAAGUUAUUAAAAAAUAAAUAUUAUUAUUGUAUAUUUA